CGCACUUGGUCUCAUUCCUAGACCACCAUCCUAUUCUUAUCCUUCUUACCCCCCUCAAUCUCUCUCUGUCAUCCAUCUACUUCUCUACACCCACCUACACCCCAUCCCUUCCCGCAUACCACACAUACCAACCAUCAUGUCGAUACGCCCGACCACCCGCCAUGCCACCAAGCUGGCCCAGCCCCUCUUCCGUUCCACCCGCCGCUACACCACCGAACCCGACCUGAAAACCGCCCUGAAGGCCACCAUCCCCGCCAAACGGGCGCUCCUCCAAGAAGUCAAAGCCCGGGGCGACACCGUCAUCGGCGACAUCAAGAUCAGCAAUGUGAUCGGCGGCAUGCGCGGGCUAAAGUCCAUGCUGUGGGAGGGCUCCGUGCUGGACGCCGACGAGGGCAUCCGCUUCCACGGCAAAACCAUCAAGGACUGCCAGCGCGAGCUGCCCAAGGGCCCCACGGGCACCGAGAUGCUUCCCGAGGCCAUGUUCUGGCUGCUGCUGACGGGCCAGGUGCCCUCCACCGCACAGGUCCGCGCCUUCAGCCGCGAACUAGCCGAGAAGUCGCACCUCCCGGACCACAUCCUGGGCCUGAUCAAGUCGUUCCCCAAGAACAUGCACCCCAUGACGCAGCUGUCCGUGGCGGUGGCGGCGCUGAACACCGAGUCGGCGUUCGCCAAGGCGUACGAGCAGGGGCUGAACAAGAGCGAGUACUGGGAGCCGACGUUCGACGACGCCAUCUCGCUGCUGGCGAAGAUUCCCCGUGUCGCGGCGCUGGUGUUCCGCUCCGACGAGAUCGAUCAGGUCGGCACCCAGGUGCUGGACGCCACGCAGGACUGGUCGCAUAACUUCGCGGAGCUGCUGGGCAAGGGCGGCCGGGAGCACGCCGACUUCCACGAUCUGCUGCGGCUGUACCUGGCGCUGCACGGGGACCACGAGGGCGGCAAUGUGUCGGCGCACGCGACGCAUCUGGUGGGUAGCGCGCUGAGCGACCCCUACCUCAGCUACAGCGCGGGGCUGCUGGGGCUGGCGGGCCCGCUGCACGGGCUGGCGGCGCAGGAGGUGCUGCGGUGGAUCCUGGCGAUGCAGGAGCAGAUCGGGACGAAGUUUGGAGACGAGGAGGUGCGCACGUACCUGUGGGAGACACUGAAGUCUGGACGGGUGGUGCCGGGGUACGGGCAUGGGGUGCUGCGCAAGCCCGACCCCCGGUUCCAGGCCCUGAUGGACUUCGCCGCCACCCGGCCGGACGUGCUGGCCAACCCGGUGUUCCAGCUGGUGAAGAAGAACUCGGAGAUUGCCCCUGGCGUGCUGACGGAGCAUGGCAAGACGAAAAACCCCCACCCCAACGUCGACGCCGCGUCGGGCGUGCUCUUCUACCACUACGGCUUCCAGCAGCCGCUGUACUACACCGUGACCUUCGGGGUGAGUCGCGCGCUGGGGCCGCUGGUGCAGCUGAUCUGGGAUCGGGCGCUGGGGCUGCCGAUCGAGCGGCCCAAGAGCAUCAACCUGCUGGGGCUGCGGGCGUGAACCCGAUCUCAUGGGAGCUGGACUAGCUAGCAUUGGACUAGCAUUGGAAGCACGAUCUAGCAGUUGAAGCAUGAUUGGAUCUAGCGGGCAUUAGAGCUCAUUGCUCAUUAGUAAGACAAUAUAUGGUAGUUAGUUAUACUAUACUCAUUCUAUACCCCGCCAAAUGCGCAAGAGUAAGAAACGGAAGGGUAUAUAUCAAGAUUCCAGAUUCAAGACCUCUCCACGGUCAGCUC